UAUUAACAUCCUCGUCCAAAUUGCAUAUUUAAAAACCCUGCAAACCCACAACUCUUUUUCACAUGGAAACCAAAGCUCUUCCUUCUUCUUUCAACACCAUGGCAAGCAACACCAACUCCAUUUCCUUCUCCAAAUACCUCCAUUCUUUAUCCCAAACCCCACAUAGGCUCAGGAAGAGAAUGCUUGCCACUUGGACUCCUGACCAGGAACUGAACCAGGUGAGGCAAAGGUCUGGAGCAGACAUGAAGAGGAAGCUCAAAUGGUAUGAUUUAGUAGCACUUGGUGUUGGUGGAAUGCUUGGUGUUGGUGUCUUUGUCACUACCGGAGAAGUAGCUCACAACACUACCGGUCCUUCUGUUUUCAUAUCGUAUAUCAUCGCCGGAAUAUCCGCUCUCCUUUCUUCCUUGUGUUACACUGAAUUCUCAGUUCAAAUCCCUGUUGCUGGUGGAGCUUUCAGCUAUCUAAGACUGACCUUUGGAGAGUUUGUGGGUUAUUUUGCUGGGGCAAAUUUACUCAUGGAGUAUGUAUUAUCAAAUGCUGCAGUAGCAAGAUCUUUCACAGAGUAUCUGUGUGUUGCUUUUGGAGAAAACAAUCCAAACACAUGGAGAGUCAAAGUGGAUGGGUUGGGGAAGGACUAUGAUCAUCUGGAUUUCCCUGCUGUUGCUCUUAUUCUUCUUCUCACACUCUGCCUUUGCCACAGCACAAAGGAAAGCUCAAUAUUGAACCUGAUUAUGACAGUGUUCCAUGUAUUAUUCUUUGGGUUUAUAAUAAUCUCUGGUUUCUUCAAAGGAAGUGCAAAGAAUCUGAUAAAACCAGCAGGUCUAAUUCCCAAAGGUGUUGGUGGAGUUCUAAAAGGAGCAGCUACAGUUUAUUUCAGUUAUAUAGGUUACGAUUCAGCUUCAACAAUGGCAGAAGAGAUUCAAAAUCCUUCAAUGAGUCUUCCAAUUGGUAUUGUGGGUUCUGUGCUCAUUACCUCUGUGCUUUAUUGCCUCAUGGCCUUGUCUUUGUGUGUAAUGGUUCCCUAUGAUAAGAUAUCGGAUAAAGCUUCAUUCUCGAUGGCCUUCCAAAAUAUUGGAUGGAAAUGGGCCAGCAACAUUGUUGGGGCAGGUGCAAGUUUGGGAAUUGUUGCAUCUCUACUGGUAGCCAUGUUAGGCCAAGCAAGGUAUCUGUGUGUAAUUGGAAGGGCUCGGCUUGUGCCUUCAUGGUUAGCCAAGGUUCAUCCUUCCACUGGAACCCCUUUGAAUGCCACUCUCUUCCUGGGACUUUGUACAGCCUCCAUUGCACUCUUCACCGAACUGGAAAUAGUACUAGAUAUGAUCAGCAUUGGCACACUCUUGGUUUUCUACCUUGUAGCCAAUGCUCUUCUUUACCGUCGAUACGUAAUAAACAGCAAGAAUCCGCCAUCACAGAUCCUCUUCUUCCUCUUCCUUCUAUCAUUCAGUGCCAUUGGCCUUUCCCUAUCAUGGAAGUUCAAGCAACAAUGGUGGGGUCUACCACUAUUUGGUGGGUCAACAAUCACCAUCAUUUCCUUCUUCCACUACACAGUGCCUUGCCUUAGUAACCCUUCUGGUUGGUCUAUGCCUUUCAUGCCUUGGCCUCCUGCAAUUUCCAUUGUACUUAAUGUCUUCCUCAUGGCAACAUUGAAAUUGCUUUCCUUUCAGAGGUUUGCUAUUUGGACAUUUUUGAUAACUCUGUUCUAUCUUCUUUAUGGAGUUCAUUCAACUUAUCAAGCUGAGGAGAUGGAGAUUGGUCUUGUUGGUGAUGAUCAUCAUGAUGUGAAUCUCAACUCAUCUAUGCAACAACAAACUAAGUUGGACAACAUUCAAGUAAUUUGAUAAUCAUGUUGAAGUUUUUGUUUCAGUCUUUGAUAAGCUGUUAUCAUGUAAUCAGCUUUUCUCUAUGAGGUUUGGGGGUUCUACAAAUGUAAAUUAAGUUUAUGGAGUUCCUGUCAAAUUAAGCAAAAAGGAAUUCCCCAUCAAAUAAGAAUACAAAAUGUUGAACAAAUUGGAAAUGCCGAAAAUGUAUCUCUGGAGAGAACUUACAUAUUAUAUAAUCUAUACAACGUG